GCCGAAACGUUGGACGCGAAUCUGCAGAACUUAAUUCUGCCCUACCAGCCGGCACAUGUCUUUGUGUGCGGAUUGAAUAAGUUAGGCGAUGACGCUUUACAAAAGAAAUGGGGACCCUGGCUGAAAGGUGUGAACUUCUCGCCACAUCCGCGCAACAAUCCUUUGCUUUACACGACGCAGACGGCAGGCGACAUACAAGCGCGACUGAAAAUCACCGAACAGGAAUUCAAUUCGAAUCCCGCGUUUCACCGAUCUGUGUUUAACGAGAGCAGCACUUCGCCUUGGUGUCUGGUCC